UUGACCUGCGGGCUGCCGGCGAGGCGCGGGGGCGCUUCUCCGCGCCCGCCUUCCUCGCUGCCUCGCACUCGCCGGCGCUCCGGCCUCGGCUCCCCUCGGGAGGGCGGCUGAGGAGGGGCCGCCGCGCCUCCAGCGGCUCCCCCGCCCCGCGCGCACCGCCCGGCCGCCCGUUCGGCUGGCUGGCCGCGUGUGCCGGAGCGCCCCCGGCGCCGGGCCGCGCUGGCCUCCCGGCGGACCCGGCACCCGCCGGGCUGGGCGCAGCGCGGGGGGGGCGGCCCCGUGGCCGCGCCGCAGGGGGUGAUCGCUGCGCGGGCGGCGGGAGAGCAACAGCACCGAAAACCGCAGCCGGCUGCGCGGCACGCAAAUCAGGAGAGAGCAGCAAAAAUCACACCAGAGCAGCCUGAUUUCUGAUUGCUCCGCCGCAGAGAGGGAGAGACAGAGACAGAGAGGGGAGCGCGGCAGACCCGGGCGCAGCGGCGGCGAGGUCGGGGAUGCCGCUCCGCAAGUUUUGUUGAUGCCCCCCGGUGCGUGAGGCGGCGCCCAGCCCACCUGCCCUUUCCGCCUCCACCAGGGGAGCUCGGCGGCGGGGGGAAGAUCCUCCGCCAUGGGAAACUAGCCCCCCCUCGGCGCUGCUUCUCGACGGCGAUGCGGUGGGCCGUGCGGCGCGGCCGGGGGAGGAGGCUGCUCCCGCGGAGGAGGCUGCUGGGGGCGCCUCUGCGGGGCUGACGGUGCCGCCGGCCAGAGCCGCCUCAGGAGCGGGGCGCGACCCCCUCCACCGCGUCCAAGUUGCCGGCGCUCCGCCGGCCCGCAGCGCCGCCGCUCCCGCUGGCAGGGCGGCACCGAGGGCUCCCGGCACCCCGCGGCCGCCCCCGUGCCCCGGGACCCCGCCGGUGGAUGCGCGCGCCCCGGCCCGGGCAGCCCCCGGCGGCAGUGCAGGCAGCGCAGCGCGCCGGGCCGCACCGGACCCCGCCGGGCCGGCGGGCGGGGGCGCCCCGGCGUUUCCCGCUGGCCGGCUGAAGGAGGACGGGGAGCCUCGGCGGGCCGAGGCCGCGGAGCGCCCGGCGGGCACCAGCCAUGGGGUGUUGCGAGGCGAGGGGACUGCUCUGGAGAUUUGGCCUGUUCCUUCCCCUGCUGACAGCGCGCCCCGCCGCCGGCGGUCACGUCGCCACCAACCAAGUUGUGUUGCUUGAUACUACAGCUGCACUUGGAGAACUAGGAUGGAAAACAUUUCCUUUAAAUGGGUGGGAUGCCAUAACUGAAAUGGAUGAACACAAUCGUCCCAUUCAUACUUACCAGGUAUGUAACGUGAUGGAACCAAACCAAAACAACUGGCUUCGAACAAACUGGAUCUCCCGUGAUGCUGCGCAGAAAAUUUAUGUGGAAAUGAAGUUUACCCUGAGGGACUGCAACAGUAUUCCGUGGGUUUUGGGAACCUGCAAGGAAACUUUUAACCUCUACUACAUGGAGUCAGAUGAAUCUCAUGGAGUAAAAUUCAAGCCAAACCAGUAUACUAAAAUUGAUACUAUUGCAGCUGAUGAGAGCUUUACCCAGAUGGACUUGGGCGAUCGCAUUCUUAAACUCAACACAGAAGUUCGUGAGGUUGGGCCAAUAAACAAGAAAGGAUUUUAUCUUGCUUUUCAGGACAUUGGAGCGUGCAUUGCUUUGGUCUCAGUCCGGGUUUAUUACAAAAAGUGCCCUUUCACAGUCCGUAACUUGGCUAUGUUUCCUGAUACUAUUCCAAGGGUUGAUUCUUCCUCUUUGGUGGAAGUACGGGGCUCCUGUGUGAAGAGUGCUGAAGAACGCGAUACUCCAAAAUUGUAUUGUGGAGCAGAUGGGGAUUGGCUUGUGCCUCUUGGACGAUGCAUCUGCAGUGUAGGAUAUGAAGAAGUGGAUGGUUCCUGCCAUGCCUGCAGGCCUGGGUUCUAUAAGGCAUUUGCCGGGAAUGUGAAGUGUUCCAAGUGCCCUCCCCACAGCCUGACCUACAUAGAAGCAACGUCUGUCUGCCAGUGUGAGAAAGGAUACUUCCGAGCCGAGAAAGACCCACCAACCAUGGCAUGUACCCGACCACCUUCCGCUCCGAGGAAUGUAAUUUUUAACAUUAAUGAAACAGCUCUCAUGUUGGAAUGGAGCCCACCUAGCGAUACCGGAGGAAGAAAAGAUCUCACAUACAGUGUAAUCUGUAAGAAAUGCGGGUCGGACACCAGCCAGUGUGAGAUAUGUGGUGGAGGUAUCCGUUUCAUCCCCCGGCACACAGGUCUGAUCAACUCCUCCGUGACGGUGCUUGACUUUGUAUCACAUGUGAACUACACCUUCGAAAUAGAAGCCAUGAAUGGCGUCUCUGAGCUGAGUUUCUUGCCAAAGCAGUUCACGGCUAUCACGGUUACCACCGACCAAGAUGCACCCUCCUUGAUAGGUAUGGUAAGGAAGGACUGGGCUUCCCAAAACAGCAUUGCCCUCUCCUGGCAAGAGCCGGACUUUCCCCAUGGAGCCAUUCUGGACUACGAGAUCAAGUACUAUGAGAAAGUCUACCCACGGAUAGCGCCGGCAUUUUGGCACUACCUGCGGGUAGAAGAGCAUGAGCAGCUCAGCUAUUCCUCCACAAGGUCCAAGGCUCCAAGUGUUAUCAUCACAGGUCUCAAGCCAGCCACCAAGUAUAUAUUUCAUAUCAGAGUCAGGACGGCAGCAGGAUACAGCGGCUAUAGCCAGAAGUUUGAAUUUGAAACUGGAGAUGAAACUUCUGAUAUGGCUGCGGAGCAGGGGCAGAUUCUUGUAAUUGCCACUGCUGCUGUCGGAGGAUUCACUCUCCUGGUCAUCCUCACUUUGUUCUUCCUAAUCACCGGGAGAUGCCAGUGGUACAUAAAGGCCAAAAUGAAGUCUGAAGAGAAAAGAAGGGCUCAUCUGCAAAACGGUCACUUACGUUUCCCAGGAAUCAAAACAUAUAUUGAUCCAGACACAUAUGAAGACCCAUCUCUUGCUGUCCAUGAAUUUGCAAAGGAAAUAGAUCCUUCAAGAAUUCGUAUUGAGAGAGUUAUUGGGGCAGGUGAAUUUGGAGAAGUAUGCAGUGGACGUCUGAAGACACCAGGAAAGAGAGAGAUACCUGUCGCAAUUAAAACUCUAAAAGGUGGCUAUGUGGACAGGCAGAGAAGAGAUUUCCUGAGGGAGGCUAGUAUCAUGGGACAAUUUGAUCACCCAAAUAUAAUCCGCCUUGAAGGAGUAGUUACAAAAAGAUCCUUUCCGACCAUUGGGGUGAAGUCUCUUUCGAGAUUCCUGAGGGCAGGAUUUUUAAAUAGCAUCCUGGCCCCACAUCCAGUGUCAGGGGGUGGAUCUUUACCCCCCAGCAUUUCCUCUGGCAGACCAGUAAUGAUUGUAGUUGAAUACAUGGAGAAUGGAUCCCUUGACUCCUUUCUGCGGAAGCACGAUGGCCACUUCACAGUCAUCCAGCUGGUUGGCAUGCUACGUGGAAUUGCAUCUGGCAUGAAGUACCUCUCCGACAUGGGAUAUGUACACCGUGAUCUGGCAGCCCGUAAUAUAUUGGUCAACAGUAACCUCAUGUGUAAGGUCUCUGAUUUUGGUUUGUCACGAGUGUUGGAGGACGACCCUGAAGCCGCUUACACAACAAGCGGUGGAAAAAUCCCCAUAAGGUGGACUGCUCCUGAAGCUAUAGCUUACAGGAAGUUCUCUUCAGCAAGCGACGCAUGGAGCUAUGGGAUUGUAAUGUGGGAAGUGAUGUCCUAUGGUGAGAGACCAUACUGGGAGAUGUCCAACCAGGAUGUUAUACUGUCUAUAGAAGAAGGUUACAGGCUUCCAGCUCCCAUGGGCUGCCCAGCUUCUCUUCACCAACUAAUGCUUCACUGCUGGCAAAAAGAGAGGAACCACCGUCCAAAAUUCAGUGAUAUUGUCAGCUUCCUAGACAAACUGAUCCGCAAUCCAAGCACCCUUCAUACCCUAGUGGAGGAUGUACUUUUAAUGCCAGAUUCACCUGGUGAAGUUCCAGAAUAUCCGUUGUUUGUCUCAGUUAGUGAUUGGCUGGACUCAAUAAAAAUGGGUCAGUAUAAGAAUAACUUCAUGGCAGCAGGUUUCACAACUUUGGAUAUGGUUUCAAGAAUGAGUAUUGAUGACAUCAGAAGAAUUGGAGUUGUACUCAUUGGACACCAGAGACGAAUAGUGAGCAGUUUACAGACUUUGCGGUUACACAUGAUGCACAUACAGGAGAAAGGAUUUCAUGUAUGAAAGUACUAGAAUCAACUGUGUUUUGUGCCUCAGCAUUUCUAAAAUGGAAAAUAUUCUCAUUCUUCCCUUCUGCUCUUCCCAACUUCAAGAACUGCAGUCUCCUGUUCAGACUAUAAAAGUACUUCUAUGUUAAUGCUUCCAAACUGGAAUUUUUAAUCACACUGCAUAGUUCCUUUGUCAGUUAUCUGCCAAUAAAAUCCUGGCCUACUGCAAGACUCUUGCUACACAUUGAUGAAUAACUCAGCAUGGAUGUGUAACUUUGUAUAACAGUUUUGGGGAAACUUUCAUGAACUUAUUUGAAAGUAGCAAUCUAUUUGGCCUGGUGUGGCUUCUUUAUCGAUGUAUUUAGAGUUUGCUGGUAGAUCGAAAAGUAUUUGACUUCUUUCAUGUUCUGUGACCAGGUAACUUCCAAUAUCCAAUGUGCAAUCAAGGAGAAGUUUGACAUAAAUAUUUAUUUUAUCCCUUAAUUAAAUCAGAAUGUAUGGGUCCUAUUGUUACAUUGCUUUAUAAUAUUUUAAAUGCUGGUAAGCUGGUGCCUCAAAAUGUUAGAAUUCUUUGCAGCAAUGACCAAUGAUUUCAUCUAGCGAAUUUCUAUUGUGUGAAUUGGGAGGACAGUGAGAAAAAGUUGUUUGAAAUCGUAAGGUCUUUGAUUUUGAAUUACUUUGGCACUCGACACUUUUUAUGCUUUAAAUUGUAGAUUAAGUUGGAAAAUUUGUUUAUUCUUGGGAUUUUUCACUAAUCGACCUUCUUGCUUCUACUCCGUGGCAAAUUAUCCCUGGAAAACUGAUGUUUCCUUAGCCACGUAUAAAACAUGGUUGUCAGCUAGACUGUGGCCAUGUAGACUUCAGAAAGCUUUCUGUUCCAAAAGUGCAGGCCUCCGCUACUUGAAUCAAGGGUAGUCUCCAUCAGUGGCAGUAGACCUUAGAAGGCGAGCCGUCAGUGGGGUGAUGUGUUAAUUCCCAUAGCAGCAGAUCGGCCAUACCAUCCAGCUGAGGGCAGUGCUACAAAUACAAGCUAAUGCUGAAAGUUACACCCUGUGGUAUUCCGUUAUAUUGUAUACAGGCAGGAAAGGAGACAUAGGACAGCAGUGUAAUAAUAUGUUGCCUUGAGUCUACUUCUAACUGCUUUUAGAAGUAAAACACAGACUCUGCUGAAAUGGAGUUCUGGUUGCUACAGGCUAGAUCUUCAUUUAGUGCAAAUAUCUAAAUGACAUCGAAGAUAAUUAUCUUUAGAACUCUUCAAUAGCCAUAUUUACAUGCAAGGAAAUGGCUGCAAAGGCCUAACGUAAUACUUGUACCUCUGUAAGACUUAAAGCUUUCAUGUUUUAUUCAGACAACUUAGACAGAUGUGCUGGGCUACCUUUCCAAACUUGUGCAUGGGAUAUGCGCUACUAGGAACUGAGAAAUGAGCACAUGUCUGCGUGCUGUAGAAGCCACGCACGGAUCUACAUGCAUGUCACAUGUAAACUGGGUGCAGAGGCUUUUGUUAAGUUAUACAUAGUGUGGAGGACUUUUGUUAAGUUACGUGGCAUUCCACUAUACUUGAGCAUUACAAAUCUUCAGUUAAAAUGUGCAUUUGGGCAAUUAGUAAAAUAUAUGUGUAUAUCAAAAUGAAUUAACUACUUUAUGUAAUCAUAAUGAUAUUCACUGCUUAAUUUACAGCUUGCAAAUCAAAGUGUAUUUCCUGACACUGGGAAAAGGCUGUUGUAUACCAGUGGCAGAGAAGGAAAAGCAGAAAGCAACUCAGAAAAGAUUAUGCUUCCAACCGGUUCACAGAGUAAGACACGCUAGGCCUGAUUCACUGUUGUUACUUCAUGUUGGAAUAACUUCAGAAAUUUGAAUGGGAUAACAGUAGAGAACUGAGUACAUUUUCCUUUUUUCCAUUAAAAAAACAGAUUGAACUGAGGAACAAGUUUUCUAAAGAUAAGGAUUCACCAGUGCUCUUCAAUGCCAAUUUGAUAAGAAUGUUUAAAGAGGGGCAGUAGCAGUCCUACUCUAGCUACAAAGGUAAUUUUAUCAGCAAGAGUAGUCCCGCUGAACUCAGUAGGACUGUACAAGCAUGCGUGUUUUACAGGAUCACAGGCCUUUAGUGGAAAAAAAGUCUUUGUUCUUUUCUGUUACUGUCACUUGGAACAUUCUGCCCCAAUUCCACAUCUGAAUAAUUUUGGUAAGGGUUCUCUUACGAAAAGAAAAUUGUACUUACUUUUGAAGCCUUUUAAAAUAAUAACAUCACAGAGUAAUGUAAAAUUUGAUUUUCCUUUUUCCAUUUUUGCCUGCCAUUGCUUCCAUGGCCAACAAUGUGCCAUCUGCAGAAGGAGCCCCUCUCACAUUUAAAUACAUUACUGAGGAGGUAUGAGUCUGUUAUUUGUUAAUGGGGUUUCAAAACUACUCAUAAUUAAUCCAAACCAUACGUGUGCACUAUUUAAUUCUCCUUUGCAUGUUUAUUCAUUCCUGGUAGUGUGGAUGCAAAACUGCAUGUUACAUGCACACAACCUGGAUAUGUUUCAUGGAAAUUAAUUUCCAGAUUUAUCACACUACUGAAAAUAUAUUUUCAAUAGAACAAAUAUAAUAACGAUAUUAAAACAUUUAUUAAUCAGAUAUAUUUUUUAUAUAAACAAGAGUUUGGGUAACCAGAAAGGAGCGAACAAGGGAUUCUUUUGGUGAGGACAUUUAUUGAAAACAUUGUAAAUCCUCUCCAGGAUUUUGUGGGUUUAUAUGGCUUGGUUUUUUGUUGUUGCUGUUGUGCAGUAUGACACUUUUGUAAUUGUUAUCCUGAUCAAAUUUACAUUUCCCCCAUUCUAGAAACAUUUCAUUUUCUCUUGCUCAGCUUCCACGCCUACUAUUCCAUUUUCUUCAGUGCAAACAAAAGUGCCAUUACUAGGGCUUUUAAAAUUUCUUUUUGUUCAUUAAAAAAAAAAAAAAAACAGGUGUUGUUUUUCAAAUGUGUGUGUAAUUCUGUGCAGGCCACAAGUGUAUGUGUGAAAUUACGGUAGCUUCCUUCGUUCCAGGGGAUGCAUUUUUCAAGUGAAAAUUAGCUGUCUUUAGUCAUCCUGCAGCUUGCAUUGUGCAGUUAAGAGUUUAAAUUUAACAAAUGUAAGCAAAUCCAGUAGGCUGUAUUUGAAAAUCUGGUCCACAUUGCACAGUGCUUCAUGACUAAAGCUACUUGUUUAAAGUUCACAAAAUAAAGUGUGCAUGAUAUGCAAGCCAAAAUAUGCAUUAAAAUGUGGGCAUAAGGAAAUAGUUCUUAGUUAGUUAUUUACAAGUAAAAUCCCUCUGUAGGCUAUUCCCACAGAUCUGAUUGUCUUUCAUCUCGAACAAAAUCCAUCCAUCAGUACAAACUGUAAGCACUAUCUGCAAAAUGUGGUUUAAAUGAGGGCCUUGACUGCUGAGCAGGGCCAGGUCAGCGUCUCUCAGCCAAAAAGUGCACUGUCCCCAGCUGUGCAUCCCGUGGCAACCAUAGUUCUUCCAAAGUUGGCUGAUGAGCAACUCGGACGUCCCUGCAGCAGAGUGAGGAACUCAUCUAACAUGGAAACCACAGCAGUCAUCCUUACUCAGGCCAUGCCCACUUGUCAGUCAGAGCCCUGAGACCUACUGGGAGGAGAUCUUCUCUCCUAAUUUUGGAGGUCUGCAUUUGAGCUAGUCAUCCAAGGCUCCCUUUGAAUCCGUGAAGAGAAGUGGGCCCCUGUAGGAGGCAAGUCAUCUGAAAAAUGUAGUUAUUUACUUUUGGGUGAGAUUAAUUGUGCCAGAGAAGCACCUAUUUCUCCUCGUUCACUGUGAAAGAGACCAAAAUGACUAGCUCAGAUCCAGGCAUCUGUGUUCAGUCAGAUGAAUAUCAUGCCUUGAUUGUAUCUAGUUCUCCUGCUGAGCCCCUGAAAAAGAGAGGUUCUAGUCCAUAAGGCUGAUGUUAAAAUUAAACAAGUAAGAGCAGAAAGUUUAGUAGAUUUGACUCAUGAGAUGUUUUUGCAUUGGAUUUAUUGAGAAGCAAUGAGAUUUUCAUGAGGUGAAAGGAAGGGAAUUGAGCUAUGUAAUCUAAAUUUUUCUGAAAUGUAAGUUGCCCUUUUCAUUUCCCAUGUAUGUCAGUUCAAUGGCUGUUCAGUAAAAGCUCAGCCCCAUGUUCUGCUUUCUUUAAGACAUCAGCCAAGAUUUUUCAGUAUAAGACAAUCCUUUAACUGCAAAUACAUUCAACUAUAAAUUCAGAAUAAAUUAGUUGCUCUAGAGGAAGCAUUCUGUGUCCAAAAUUUUAUUAGGUAUUAGCUGGAUUAUUUUGAUAUGCAGCUCAUAGAUUGCAGUAUUUUGAUUUUUUUGUAAUUUAAGACUAAUAAUGUUCCAUUUUUGUAGCUAUCAUGAGCUUAAUGCUGGGCUCUAUUAAGUUCUCUUUCAGUGCAGCUUCAUACAGGGUCCAAAGGUGGAUUCUAAGUAACAUACAGACUCCCUUUAUACAGAUGCAGUAAAGAUUUACUAUGUGGAACAGUUGGCACUGUGGAGGUGGCUAGUAAGAGUGUAUUUACCAGAGCAACUUCUGUGUUAGAAUGACCCUAUGGGACUAUUUCAGCAGCCAAGUUAAAGCAGCAUAGAACGUACUUUAGCUUGCACUGAGGGCCGGUUACUAAAUUUCAGCUGGCCCCACUGCAAAUGGAAGCAUGCAUUCAGUUGUGGGUUCCAUGGGACCCAUUCUGGCAGUUGGGAAUUUCUCUUACAAAUGUAUGGUAACUGUACCUACCCCUUUAUGGUCUCAAUCUGUCUUGGAACAUGCUCUGCAUAGCAUGGAAAGGAAAUAGUAAUGAAUGUGGCUGCAGUAACCAUAUCAGCCAGAGGACUCGCUUCUAAUCCAAUCGAACACAUCUUUUAGAGUAAUAAAAGUAAGAGUCAUAAUACAAGGUUAUAUUCUAUUGCAUCCUCUAGAAACAUAUUUAAAUUUAAAUAUAUUUGACUUAUCAUAGCAUCUGUGCAUAGUUCAAAAGCAUUGUAUUGUUAAACAAUUUUCUUCCAGAACACCCUUGUUCACCUACUGAUUGAUCUUCCUUAAUAAAAGGCAAAGAUAUUCUUUUUAUAAAAAAAAUAGACUUUUUUUUGAGAGCAAGAGAAAGAUUUCUUAGGCUGAGCUAACACUGAGUAGUACAGUGAUCAUGAAAUGUCCUGAAGAGAUAAACGAAUCUCAGCCCUAAAAAGGAAAAACGUCCCUGAAGACUAGAAUAAGGUCCAAAGGGAAGAACUGUCCUUAUUGUGCUAGAGAGCUCUAACAGAAACAAAAAUGUUGCACAAAACAAUGCCAUGCAUUUAGAGCUCACGAGUAUCUUCUACCAUCAUAUAUUAUAUUUAGUAAUGCACACUGCUCAUCCAUGAGUGCUAUGGUUGUAUAUAGAUCCUCAGAUUAGGGGCCAGGCUAUGUUGAGCACCUUAUGGAUAUAAAAAUAGUGUGUAUAUGUAUAUAAAGAAUUGUAUAUAUAAUGUGUAUCGUAAUGCCUGAGAUUUUUCAAACCUACAGAAUUUAAUUAUAUAACUCCCAAUAAUGCUAAUGAGGUUUAAUUGCACCAUUGGCUUUGAAAUUUUUAAGCAGCAUGCACUGUACAUGUAUAGUAUUUCCCAAACUUCCCUGGCUUGUUACCUAUCUGGAAAUGGACAAGCUCUCUUUUCCUCCACAGGCAGAAAAAAAAAAAAGUUUUUCAAACUGGCUUACAGAAAGCCGAUGGUCACCUGAUACUGGCCCUUCUAAUGCCACCACACCAAAUGCUUUUCUACCAAUUCUUUUCCAUGCACCCAGUUACUGUAGAAACCUUUAGUGAUCAUAAAGGGGAAGAGAGGUGCCCAUGAGCCAACAUCUCUAGCAGGAUGUAGACCAUUCUAUAAAAACACUUUAAGUCCCUCUGCUGACGUCACCAAAGAUGUUUAAACAUCUUAUAAUUAAGUUAUUUUCUUUUAAAUAUUCAUUUAUAGGCUCUUAUGAGGUUAAAUGAGGGAAAUUUUCAAGGGAAUUUGAGUGAGGAUAUGCCAGUAUAUACUGUAACAAAAUGUGUUGCAUUUUAGAAAGAAAAACAGACAAAAAACUGCUUAAUGAAGAAACAUGAGGUUAAAAAAGGUAUAAAAAUAUAUCUCCAUAUUUUAUAUGUGAAAUAACGUAACAACAAUUCACAAAACAAGAUCUAUUUGUAUAUAUGUUUCUUUAAAUAUCCUACAUCAGUAUCUCUUACCUUUUUUCCUGCAAGGGACUUCCCAAGUACAUCUUUUUUCCACAAAGAUUUAGAAUAUUAUCUGUUUAUUAUACCUGCAUUGUAUGAUAAUUUGAUGACUUAUACCCUUGGUUUUAUGAUAAGUAACCUUGAAUCUAUGAUCAGAAAAAUUGUAUUUGGGGGAAAUCCGCACUAGAAUCCAAAUACUCACUUCUGGUUGUGAACUGUGAAAAAGUGCCCAUUGAAUCAGGCUAGGGAGCAUUUUCAGAAUAUCAUCACAGCAUAAUGCUGUGAGGGUCCUCUACAGCAGCUGGAGGAAAAAAUCUGCUGGUUCUCCAGGCCCAGCCUAUGACAAAAAAACAGUACACCCAUCAUAACGCCCAUCAUAAUUUAGAUUAGAAUCUCCAGUAAACACAAUUUUCUCAACUUUUAACUGAAAGACUCUGUUCUUCAUGUUGCAUACUGGCUUUUUUGAGAGGAGCCCGAACAAUCAGUAAAGAGUAGAGCUAUCCAGUUAAGCAGUGGCUUACAAACUGACUUUUUAGCUUUCUCUCAUUCAGACUGAGCUCUUCCUGACAGUGAUUAAGAGGUGAAUAGAAAAGCAAAACAAGAAUAAUUUUUUAAUAUGCUGAAUGUGUUGAGCUGUAUAAUUUGUCAUCAGAGUCACUUUAUGAGCAAAAGGAUUAGAUGAAAACAUGCAGCCAGUCUUUUAAAUUUGUAGAUUAUUUUUGUUAGUAAAUGCCAGCUUCACCAGUUACAUUGUUGUCUUGUGAAGGUUCUGCUCUAAAAGACCUAGUAUUUCCACAUCCUGCUGAAGGAUUUUAAUAAACUUCUUGGCUGACUAGUUACUGGGACAAUGAUGUAACUUUGUGAGGAAUUAAAUGUUUCAGUGUCCAAAAGCGCUCUCUUGCUGUGAUCAAAAUUCAUGAGAAUUUGUUACUGACUUCAGUGGCAGUAGGAUGAAGGCCUGAGUUACACACAGAGUAUAUAGGAUGCAGCUCUCCAAAUAAAUUUUCUCUUCCCACUACUAUCAUAGUUCAUUUGGUGUUAGAGGACCAACAUUUAUUAGGAAAUACAUUGUAAUUCAAAUUUAUUGCUAGAUUUUUUUGCUAGCAUUAAUUUCUUUGUUGAGAGUUACAACUUCUAGGAUGUAGCUUAGUCAUUCAUGGUAAGGUCUAAAGUCAGUUAAAUCCAUAAUCACAUGUCAGUGGAAUGAAAUAGGUUUUUGGUCAAGACUUUCUAUAGAUUUGUAUAGAAGGGAUGACCUGCUUUAAAAGGGGUAAAGAGAGUGCACUGAGCAUGAAAGAUAAUGCCGAUACCUCAGUGAAAUAGAUUAUGGUUCCCUUUGACAUGGCAGAGCUGAGUUGCAAGAUACAAAAGGUGGUUGCUGCACUGCUGUUUCAUCUGCAAUGGGCUACCAUCACCGCAUUUGGAAUAAAUAGUUUAAAACAAAUGCCAAGCAUUAUACUACAUAUCUAACGGAAGCACUGUAGUAUUUAGGAGAAUUUUUUUUUUCUUCCUCUCAGAAAAUUCCACAAACUCAUGGACUUAAAUUCAGGAUAAAACUACCCUCCCUGUCAGACAAACAGAACCUACCAGAACUAUAAAACCUUUAUUUGUAGGAUUUGAUUAUCUUUUUUUCCUAAACAUAUACCAUCAUACAAUAUGAUCUCCCCUUCAUAAUAGCUGCUCUGAUUAUUUUCCCCUUUGAACAAACUCUGUUUUAUACUCCUAGUGCAUUUUAGUGUAAAUUCUGUGAUUUCUCAGUUAUUGAAAGGCAAAACAGCAAAAAAAUGAAUAAUGUCCUCCCAGUGGUUCUGUUUACUAGACUCUUUCAGUAAGUCCAUAUUUCAAGAAAAUCAUCCUGCUCUAAAAUUCCUAAGACAUGCACAUGCUUCAUUUUAAAACUUAUGGCCAGGCUAUCUGCCUCUCCCCAAGGAAGAGUUGAGUUGGCAGUAUUUCAUUUUAAAAUGCCAUUUCUUUUUUGCAGCAAUUUCUUCUUCCAACUUUUCUACAUAAGGUAGAGGUCUAUUUCAGAGAAGUAUGGGAAAAGUUGUUUCUAGGUUAACCCUGGUGAAGGAACUGGAUUCAGUCAGUACUUCAAUACAUGUUGUUCUUAGCUAAAGCUUUGGGUCCUACUUCUGUUGAGGUCAAUGCAAAAAUUCCCUCAUGACAUCAGCUGGAUCACACAUGGUGAUGCCAUGACUGAAAAACCCACAGACUAACAAAAAGGGCUUGUUCUUGUUUGGUGCAGUACAACUUCAGCUCCUAGUGACUUCAGUAGCAACAACAGGCACUCUGCGCUUCUCAGGACUGUACCUGCGGUUUAGCAAAGAAAAAAAGGCUUAAAAGGAUCAUGCGAAACCAUAUUUACUGAAAGGCAAUGUAUUAUCUUCUAGCAAAGCAACCUUUAAUAAUCAAGUUGGCAGAAACUGCUUUAAUUUUGUCAUCAGGUUUAUAAACCUGUAAAACAAACCAUUUUCACUUACAGAAAAGAUACAAGAAAAAUAUUUGAUUAACUUCCAGAAAUUAGCUUUGAUUUUCUCUUGGAAGAUAAUGUGGUUGGUAUGUUUUCUCAGGAUAGCCUCUAUUUCUGUGUAUUGGUUUUAAACGUAUAUGAAUUAAAAGGGGUUUUAAUCUCUGCCUCUUCUGUGAAAUUAGACUGUAUACAAUUAAAUAUGACUGCUUUUCAUAGUUUGCUGUUCUAGCAUAGCCAUAAAAUGUAUCAAUGUAUGUGUAUAUAUGAAUAACUAUUUGAUGACAAACACUUAGAUUAUAUAUUUAAGCAGCCAUGUCAAAACUUUAAAGGUAGAUGGCUUCUAAAGCAACAAUAUAAUCAUGAUAAUACUUGCGAAGUAUUUUACAAACAAACAGUGGCCUCAGCACAGAUCUUGUAUCCUUAUCAGUACUCUGAAAACCACUUUUUCUUUGAAGAUCCCAGAUAGCAUUUGUGUUUUGCAGUUGCUUCCUUUCCUCUUACCAAGAUAUAUUUGAAUAAUGACAACUACCUGUAACUAAAAUCUUCACCAUUCAUCUCACAGAAAAGCAACCUUGGUACUAUACCUCUAAGUUGUAUCUUCAUUGGUCUGAACUUGUGUAGCACUGCAUACAGCAAGCAAGAUCUACUAAUUCUGAGAGACUGAACAUUUCACAGCUGGUAUAGUUGUUUUCCCCCUGGGACUGCUUCACCAUUCGGAAUGACUUUUCUUCAUGUAAUAUAUCUCCCAUCUAUGUUCCAAGUCCAUUUUUCUUUCUGUCUUUUAGCCAGUUUAUAACAGUAUAGUAGGAAUAGCCAUGAAAUAACAAGCUUAAUAUACUGAUUUGCAGUCCUAAGGGGAAUUUACAUUAGAAGUGAAGUUGUUCAUAUUUACUGAAAAGUGGUGUUAUCAUUUUUUUUAUUUCUAUUAUUAUGAUACUAUGAUGUUCCAUGUAAAUUUUCAUGUGCUGGCAUGCCUACAAGUUAAUAGUGUAAUAGAAUGCUCAGCUCUCAACAUUAGGAUGUUUUUAAGGUGAAUUGCAUUACAUAUGCCAUCUAUUUGCAGAAAGAAUAUGGGGUUUGGCAAAGCUACCUGCUGAGCAACAUAAUAAGAUUUUUGUACAAAGUACAAGUUACUGAUUAUUAUUGUAUUUUAUUUUUCUAUGAUUUCCUAAGAGGCAUUAUCAGGUCUUACAGAUGGGGUAGACCUGUUUAUUAAGAUAUUUAUUAGCAAAUAAAAGUUACAGUACUGGUGGUUA